AUGGGUCAAGAGGAAAGUGAGGAUACAAGUAAAUUGAGUUACCCAUUUUAUGGUGCUCAUAAUAAUAAUUGGGAUCCUAUUUUUACACUGAGUCAGAGUGAGUGUUUAGUGAAUGAGUUUGAGAGCCCACACCCUUCGAGUUUUGUUCGUUUUCCAUCUGAUCCCGGCCCGGCGCUUAAGGUUCCGAAUCCCAUUAGUUCAUUUUGCCAUAAUGCCGAUUCUCAGGUACAUGAAAACCGGACGUUAGGACCGUCACCUUAUGGAACGAGGAUAAGGAAAUCGGUACUUCCAGAGGCUUCUUCACCCGAGGAAAAACAGAAUUCCGAACAAAAUUCAGAACGUGCCGAGCCUCGUAAAGAAAAUUACAUUCAUAAGAGAGCCAAAAGGGGCCAAGCAACCAACAGUCACAGCCUUGCGGAAAGGGUGAGGAGAGAGAGGAUCAGUGAGAGGAUGAGAUUGCUGCAAGAACUGGUCCCUGGCUGUAAUAAGAUUACAGGGAAAGCAAUGAUGCUUGACGAGAUUAUCAACUACGUUCGAUCACUCCAGAAACAAGUUGAGUUUCUGUCGAUGAAACUCGCUACUGCAAAUCCAAAGCUCAACAUGGAUAUCGACACGAUUCUGUCCAAAGGCAUGGAAGAAGUUGGAGUUAGUUCAGGAUUGAGCUCGUCAUAUACGCUCCCCGAGUAUCCCCUAAGGACCUUCACUGGCCCAAAGUUAUCCCACCAUAUAUGGAACAACGAGCUCGAGGGUUAUCUUGGAACGAGAUAUGAUCGUGAUCCCUCGAAUGGGCUGAACAGAAUGAAGCUAUAG